UAACGUUGGAAAAGUGCAGUGCCUGUGGACUAUAGCGAAUUAUCUGAAAAUAAAAAUAUAAACUUAGAACUUGUAAACACAAGAAAACCAAAAAGGGACAUGUGAGCACUAUACGUAUUCUUGGCUAUAGUCUGCAAACAAAGGAAUAUAUAGAGCUCCGCAGGAAAUUGUCAAGGAACCAAGCAUUUUUUUAUGGUCGUUGGUAAUGCCUUAAAGGCGUUAUUCUGUAUGUUCAAUUCGUGCCGUCAUCUUCUCAAGAAAAGCUAGCGGAGGCAUCUCUUUUGAUGAGCCACAUAGACUGGUAAGUUUGUUGUAAAUUAUAAGAUAAAACUUCAUGUAUUGUCCUCUUAAAAUUUGUGUGUAUCAAGUAAAUGCACAUAACAUUAGCAUAUCAAUUGAUCAUAUCCACACAAUUUGCCUUCGUGAACAAAAUUAGUAAACAUCGAUUGUCGCGUGUACACACCUAAAAACGCACAACUUGUAACAAACCUGCAUCAGACUUGUACCAAUCGGCUUUUUCAACAACUUGUUAUCUGGGUGCGUUCGUACUGCUUCUUCCUAGUUACCAACAGAUUUUUGAUACUUUGCUGUAAGGGUCACAAGAUUGAUGACUCAAAGACUUGUUACAAGUUGUUUCCACAACUUGUUAUAGUCCUACAAUUCAACAGCUUGCUAAAAAGUUGCGGGUGACAAUCUUGUAGCAACUUGAUCAAAUGACAACAUUGUUACAACUUGUUGACAAGGCUGCUAACUUCCCAACGAAGGGCUUUCGCUCGAACUGAGUCGAAUUUCUCCUUGUAUUUUUCAGGUAAUUGCAUCGCUAUACAAACUCUUUGAACGUUCCACAUACAAAUCAUCAUUUAGCAAUGCCAAUGCAUAUCAGGUCACUCGCAAAUGUUAGCGUUCAGUGUAGGUUCUUCAUAAUUAUUAAAACACAUGAGCUGGCGUGGAUUUGUGUCUGAACUACCUGAAUCGAUCGCGAAACUACCUCUUAACGUUUCGAGUGUCUGUGAAGCCGAAUGGUCGAAAAAUAUGUCAAGAGCUCGAGUUCUUUUUGAGGUAGUUCAGGCAACUUACUGACGGCAGUUUGCGAUGCGUCUAUGACCUGCAUGCAUGUGUCACUCACUGACACUGACUUUUACUGAAGGCACCUAUCUCGAUCAUUGACAUGCAUUAUUAAGUUACGCCGCUAUCCUUGUUUAAAUCAACUCGUAUAAUAACCGUUAUAAUUUGGGUUCUAUGUAAAAUUUCUAAAGGUUGCGAAACGUUUGAUCACCGAAUUCAAAAUACAUGCAAAACUAUUUCCAAUAUUGAUCGAUCUUAUUAAAACCUCAUGUCUACUACGUGCAUCAACCAUCGCGGAAUUUAUCAUCAGUUAAUCCUUUGGCUUUGCUUUUGGCUGACCGCUUUCAUUUUAUUUUGGCUUUUUCCUCUGUCUCUGAAUAUGAAAUAUGUUCUCAAAAGUAUUAAUCCAAUCAUUUACUCUUAGUUUCAGCUUUAAAUAUAAUCUUAACUCGAAUCAGGCUUUUUACAUGCGCUCUCUCUCUCUCUCUUGUUUUCCUAAUAUGAUUUUAGGCUAAUAUUCCUAUAACAUAGUAUAUGCUAUAUAUGAUUUAUGUUCUUUUCUCAAAAGAAAAUUUACAUGUUAAUGGCAACUAAUUUGUUUGCCUACAAGAUUAAAAAAGAUCAUGAUUAAUGACAUUUCAUUAUCAUAGAUUAAAAGGUACUUGCACACAGGUCUUUGUUGAGCUAUAGCUAUACCAAUGACCCACCGACAUUUUUGGCUUUUUAGUUUGUUACAAAGAAAAAGAUAAUUAAAUGUAGAAUUGCAUUGCCAAAAGUGUAUUGAAUAAGUGCCGCUCUAUCAAGAUUCUACUAUUCAGGAAUUUAGUAAGAAAAAUACUCCGAAUAAAAUCAGAAAGCUCCGGUAUGAAGGAUAUAGCUACAACUACCCGAAGGCUGAAAAAUAUAAACAGAACGUCGACGUUUCUGGCGAAGGCCUUUCAAGCGGAGGCCCUAUACUAACUUUCCGACGAAGGGCCUUAAUUUGUUCCAAACGUCGAAGGUUUGCUUAUAUUUUUAGGUAGGCCUAGUUGUAUAUUCUUCACAACGUAGCUUUCUGUUAUCGUCUUUACCUAUACUGUCGACGCCGAUUGUGCGAAAUUUUAUCAAAAUAAUUUCUCAAAUUUUGUGUUUGAAGAUGAAAAUUCUAUUCGGAGAUGAAAUUUUCUUCGUAUCAAAUUUGAGGAAGGUAUUGCAAUUGGCAAGUAAUGAUUUUGGACUAUGAAAGAAAAGUUGUGCUAAUCAUAUCAUAUAAUAUAGUCUAAACUUGAUAUAAUUUUCAUGUUUACUGUAAGUUACUGCAUACUUUGGCGACAUUACCGAUAUUCGGUCGCCGUACGACUUGUACAAAUUAGACAGCAAUUUCUGGUAGGAUAUAGUCUUUACGAACGUUUUUGUCGCUAACUACGGAUCUCAUAAGAGUGUAUUUAAUUAAAAAAAACAUAAUUGCGGAACUGAAAUUCAUCAACGUAUACUGCCCGUGGUGAAGAGCCGCUUUAGCCAAGUUAUUUUUGUCCACGAAUGAUGUGAAUUGGCCAACAAGGAGUUUGGCAAUUACUUUGUAAAAUUAUGAGCCUUCAGGGAAUCACCUGUUGGCUUGAAAACAGAGGAAAGUUCUUGAAAACACAUCAAUUAUGCAAUAUAUUUAAUAGUUUAAAAGACGCUGUACCCAUGGUCAUUUAUGGCAAAAUUCACCAAAUUCGAAACCGCCUUGCUCUAAAGACUACCCUUAACCGGACAUCAAAACGGACAUAGGUACGCGUUAUGAGAGCCCUUGAAAUCCACUUGUGUCCUACUUAAAACUUAAGUGUUCAACAUGGAAAAAUAUGGCUAGGUCAUGUUUGGCUACGACAUGAAAAGUGAGAAUUGAAAUACGAAAGCCACAGAUACAAUUUUGUGGCUGUUUUUGAGGUUAACAAAGGGCAGGAAACAUGUUUGGAUGUAAAAGACAAAUUUACGGCCUCCCCUUUUGUAUUGUCUUCGCACAGCAGGCUCUAAUUAGCUGAGAAUGGGCACAUGGUGAGACUUUUACGUCCACUGUUUGUCGUUUCUCUGUUCUCUAACACAAAAUAACACUUCUGCGUAGAAAUUCUAUUGAAAUGGUGUCGGUGGGUGGUACUGAGCAAUUAAGCUGAAAGAAAAUUAAUAGCCAACGCGAGACAAAGUCAAGUUUACACCUAUUUUGUUGAUAACGCUGUAUAAAAAUAACUUGGACCCGAACAAUAUUGCUAUUAUUGACCGACUUUAUUACAGUUGCUAAAUGCAAUUCACUCCUCCCUCAAUAAAACUUCGCACACUCUUGUGUUAUAUUCAAUAUAGUAAACGUAAUGUGCGUAUUUAGAAAGCCGAGAAUCUUUUCCACUUUUUGACAUAAGAUAGAGAACACAGAACUUCGGGAUUUAUAACAAUGAUUUCGACUUGUUUGUAAAACCCUUGAAUUCCAUACCACCCGUCCACCCAUUGUUAUAUAAUGACGACGGUUUGUGAAACGUAUUUAGUACCGCCAGUUAGGUGACAGUUGCUUGGAGGGGACACAGUGACAGAGAUGGAGGAAUAUGUUUCCAGCAAUAGUGCUCUCCACUUAUUUGUAAAUUUCUUUAAUGAGUAAUGUCUUGCCACCAUUGCUAUACGAUGAUUUUUAUGAAACGUAAUUAUUACCCUCGGUUGUGGAUGGCAUUUGCUUUCUAUUCACUGAUAAUUUGGGGAAUUUGUAAUAAUCUUUUCGACUUGUUUGUAAUAUAAAAGCCUCAGAAGUCUUGCCCCCCAUUGCUAUGGGUUAUUUAAUGAGUUAUGAUACGUAGUACCAUAAGUUAGAUUAUAUUUGGUUUGAUAGUCCCUACUAUUUUUGAUAGAAGAGCAAGAACACACAGAUUAUAAGAAUUUUCAAUGUUUUUUACUUGUUUGUAAAGAUCUCAGAUGUCUUGACCCCCAUUGUUAUUCCGAUAACUUUAGUGCCGUGAGUUAGGUGACAUUUGCGUUAUGAACUUUUUGAAAGCAUCGCCGGAAAUUAACGGAACAGAGACCGGAAACGCUCCCACGAGAAUCAGGCGACUUCUUUCAAAAUCACUUCGCGUAUAAAAGGAUUUGAAGUCGAUAUUAAACUUCAAAAUUGCCUUCGCCGAGAUCAGGUAACAUCGCUCGUAUCACAUCCUCAUCCAGAACAAAGUUAAUUCUAUUCACAAUUUGGUAUCAAAGAUAAAGUAGGUACAUGCGUGCUUUAGUUAAUAUUACGAUAUCAGUUAAUACGUUGAUUUAAAAUACUAGUGUAAUAACGGCUUUAAUGUUCUACAAUGUAUUGUAAAACGUCUGUCGCGCAAUUUAAAUUCGACUCAGCGAAUACUCUCUAUAAAAUACCACGACAAACGAAGUGCAUCUCAACUCCAUGAACUUGCGUUCAUUUAAAAUACCUUCAAAAUAAAGGAAGAAUGGUUGACUUUAUCCGGAAAAUGUAAAACUAACUUGUUUUUUUUUAUUAAAUUCACGGCACCAAGACAAUAUCCACUAAGAUGCUAAGUGGUUUUUUAUAAUACACCUCUCGAUAUUGUUAAUCUCCAAUAUAAUACACUAAAAUCAGGCAAACUGCUAAUAUUUCAAAUGUUUCAUAUUGACAGAUCGUAAGGUGAAGACACGAUAAUGGCUCGAUUUGGAUUCCUUAGUUUCACUUGUUGUUGUGUGUUAAUCCAACUUCAGCAAAUUGUGGCACCGCCACCUCCUAUUAUCGAGGCUUAUAAACCAACAUCUGGCCUGACAGAAAGUGUUCAAGACACUAACAGCGGAUUUGGAGGGUUGAAGAAGUUAAAUAAGAUGUUAACGAAACUUCAACACAAGAUAGAUGACAUCAAUAUACGACGAAAGAUCAUGGAAGCUCAAAUGAAGUCACCAUUUGGCCUCUCUCCCAGCAGAAUGGAAGCAGCUUUAGACUACACGUACACUUUGAUACCAUCAAUUGUGUACCGAAAUCAGAAAAUCGUUUCUGCCAACGGAGUGUUCUUGCAAAUCUUUCCAGAUGGAACAGCGAACGGUACAAGAGACGACACCAGCCCUUAUGGUAAGACAAUGAUACAUCUACGUAAGAAACAAUUUCGCGUGUUUGACAAGAAAAGUGUUCAAAAACCCAAAAUCUUUUAGGCAUAACUCGCAAAAUUACUGUGUUUUAUAGCUUUAAUUUCUAGUUUAUACAGUUAGCUACCAUUUACAUGCAUCAUCUGGUGGUUGAGAAACUGAAAAUGAUAGUAAAAAGCGAAACUUAGAUUACAAUUGUCAAUGAUACUUUAAAAUUGACGCCUAUAUUUACAGCGACAUAUAAGCAAAACGUACCUACUGCCGUUCGGACGUUUCCCCUUUUUGCGUACCGUCUAAAAUAAAUCUCUUUAUUUUAGCAUUAUUUUACGGAUAUCACACUAAACAUACUUUCUAAGUGUGUUUGCCGAUGGAGAAACGGAUAAAAAGUUUAAAAUUUUGAAUGUAGUCAUAACCAAAUGGUGUAUAUUAUAUUUUUACGUUUUGCAUUUAUAUUCGUCCUUUGGACUCGUGCAAUUUUGAUCGUCUUUGAAAAAUUCAUUCGUGCAUGUUUUUUUCCAAUUUGCACUCGAAACCAUAUUACCUAUACAUAAAAAACUCUUAAUUAAAAGACAUCGAAUUUUGCAUGAUUAAAAUAAUUUUUCGGUUUCUAAUUCGACUUGGGUCAGGCAUCUUGUUUGGAUAGUUUUUUCUUCCAAAUCUUAAGCAAAUAACGAGGACCUAAGGUGUGGCAUUGUAACCAAUGUAUUUCGUCUAACCGAGAAAUCGACCAAUGCAUGUCAAAUCGUUUCAACUUGGCAGACCGAAAUUCGGAACUAUACGAUACGAUACGAUAGAGAGAAAUUUGAGCGAAAAUUUAUGAUUAAUUUCAGGCCUAUCCGCGGGAGCAGUUGAGAAAAAUAGAGAGUCCAGUUGUGGAGCAUUAAAAUAACCACAAGUUCUUCCAUAUAUACUAAGGGAAUGUCAGUGUAAGGUGUAUGCCGGGUAAAUAUUCAAGAUUUUGCGAAUCUCGCUCGAUAGAAAUAAAUGCGUUUUUGUAGAUGCAAAUUUCGAGCGAAAAUUUAUGCAGUACAGUUUUAGACCUGGUACAACUAUGAUGGAGUCAAUGUCAGAUACGACGUAAUCAUUUUCCAGGGCUUUUGAAAACUCGCUCAUGAAGGUGUACGAGUAUAUUGCUCUUUGAUAAAUACACGUCAGAAACUGACGCAAAUAUCCUCAAAGCAAUGCAUAUUCCGGAAUCUAGUAUUACAAACUCCCAUAUCUGGUAUUUUUCAGAAAUUAUAAAGAAACUACCAAAACCCUCAAAUUCAGCCUUAAACCUAACAUAUGCAUGAUCUUCACAUGUAAAUUAAUAUUUUGCCCCUUGUAUAUGGGUACUCAAAAAUAUACAAGUCUUCUCGGCAAAUAACAGCGAAAAAACAAAUUCCGAAGGAAAUAUAUAGGGAAAUUUAACAAUGAGAAUUGAGACGGUGUCGACAAUAAUCUUUUUGUUUGAUUCAAAUAUUGAAUUCUACGUCGUAUUUUUCUUACUAAAUUUUCUGGUACUCAAAAGCAAAGUAUUUGAUGACAUGUUAUUUGCAUAAUUAAUUUUACAAUCUUCCAGUGUGCUUUGCGCGCUCAGCAAUCAUAUAUUGAGAUCAUGCAAGUGACUGGUAGUUCAUUAAUUAAAUUAAAUUAUCGUAUAUUUUAAAAUUCGUUCGGUUCCUUUCUGAACCGCAUCAAAACUGACUGCUAAGUUUAACACUUAAUGUUACUCACAAACUAAAAAAAAGAACAUGACAUUUUCUGAUAAUGAAGAAAAAAUCCCUUUGGCUUUGCUUUGUCGAAACAAAUGUAUGUUGUUUGGGUUGAUACUUUACUAUAAAAAGAACAAAUUGCCAAGAAUAAUGUCAUCUUCAAUUCAUGAUGGCUAUAAAUUAAAUAAAGUCGAAACUUUACAGUUUCAAAAGCUCUUGUUUUAAUUCGAAUCUUGACAUUAUUCUUUCUGAAAUUGUUGCCUGCAUGGUCGUGGCUUUGUUUAGCUUUACUAUAAUCUGGCUUUAUUUUCUUAUAUAUAUGCAUGACUCCUCUCAUUGAACCUUUCAUUUUUUUCCAGCCAAUAUCACAGUGGAAAUGGUUGGGUUUGGUAGAACUGUCAAAAUACUGAUCAAGGGAGAAAAGAGCAAGCAGUACUUGACGUGCAGCAAAAGUAAAAAUGGGAGAUUCCUCGCUGCGGUAAGUUCGUUUGUACUGAAGUUCUUAACUUAACAACUGAUGUUCUUUCGAUCAACCUGCUUUUUAUCGUAAAAAGUUGAAUAGGUCCACUUCAAUGGAAUGUUUUUACCAUGAUUGGAAUUAAAUGAUUUAAUUUUCAUUCAAUCAUUUCAAGAUCCUUUCAAUGAUUUGAAAAGCAGCACGACUGAAAUUUCAUUGCGUUGAAUGAAGAAAGGUUCUUGUAAGGGGAUCUCAGACACGUACAAGUAGAAUUAUCUGUAUAGUAUUGGACACUGCUUUAAUUAAGUUGAAAAAGUUUUCUUGCGAAUGCAUGUGCUUCGUGUUUAUUGAUUUUUUUUUAAUUGUGCAUUUGUGCACAAACUAUAUAAUGACGUAUGCUAUAGCAAGCUACGCGGAAAGUCUCCAGAAUGAACAUUGCUCUUCUAGCUGCAAUAAUGUCAAUAGUUCACUGUAGACUAUAGUAUAGGUUAUUUACUAAAGCCUGUACUUCCCAGUUCGAUUGAAUCGUAACAAAUGAAAAUGAAGUGUAUUUUUAAAAUGGGAGCACUAAAACAGAACUAUAAUGAGUAAUGACAUAAAAGAUAAAAAAGGAACAUUUUAUAUAGUUGAAGUGGAAAAACAGAGGCCCACUAGCAGGAAUCGAACCUGCGACCCUGCAUGCGAUUCCGGUGCAGCGCUCUGACCAAGCAAGCUACAGAGAGACAGCUGUCGAGCUCUAAUCACAAGUUCAUGGAUAAAUAUACUAAGAGUAUGCCAAUGUACGGUGUAUGGGCAAAUAUCAGGAUUUUGGGUUUGGACCGUACGAACAUUUGCAUCUACAGAUUUGGGAGCGUCAGGUGAAUUCGUCCGCUUCCUCUCUGAAUCUAUAACAAAUGCGUGAUCUUAUUUACUUUUAAUCAUUUCUAGCCUAACAAGUCAUUCAUGAGUGUGUUUUUGACUCCUCGGCCACCACAACCGAAAAAGGACAAAGCGCUUCGGAUAUGGAAAUUAAGGAAAUAUGUGAACCUCCAAUGCGAAAGGUAUAAUUGGUUGCUGGGAUUUCGUCACAAUGACAAAUUAAAGAAAGGUAAACAUUCUCGCGGGUGGCAGUUAGACUCCUGGUUCAUGAUCAUGUCGUCGUAUUAAUGUCGCAUAAAUGGAAUAAUGUGGUGCAGAAUAUCACGAAAACGCCAGUUGGUAUUCAGCCUCAUUCAAGUCAUCUGAAGACAACCCAGUUGCUAACACGCACAAGUGAUAAUUGUGAAACUAUACAAUAUAUGCGUGUAAGACUAAAUGUGUGCAGCUCCGCAUUAUACAUAAUAUUAAUAUAAAUGAAGGGUGCCGGAUAAAAUGUUAUAUCCAUGAUCCUAAACAUAAUUAUAGACAUUUUUAAGAUGUAUGCAUAUAUAUACCAUAAUAUAUCAUCACUGAUAAUAUUUUUAAUGCCAGGCAAAAAACCGAAUAUAGCGCAGACAGGUUGGGUUAUACACAAUUAAAUUAAAGUGUUUUGGUCAAAGGCAUAAAAAGCCAAAGGGGUACAGAAAAUCCUAAACAAGAUUUACAUCACACUUUGAAAAAAAUAAUUUGACCAAAAAACUUUGACAGUAAAACUAAACAAGACUCUAACCGUCCUUUACUCGAAACUACAAAUUUUUCAGAUCGUUUUUUAGUCUUAAUACAUCAUGAAACUGAUAAGCACAUUUUAUGUGGCUCUAUGGAGAUUUAAGGAAUUUCCAGGUCUUAAAAAAGAGAAAGUUGUUAGACUCUUACAUUUUUAAAAGAGUCCAUAAGGUAGGCAGGUGACCUCUCGAUCUGUGCAUAUAUGGUUGAUUUCGUGUCGUAUUAACACAAUCCCCCAAUAUUUUAAGAAUAGUUUAGUAUAGUAUCCCAUUGUAUAUAGUCACCCGCGAUGACAUAUGAACGUUAUAUAAUAAACCUUUUUCUCUAUUGUCAAGCAAAUCAUUAAAUUAAUAAUAUAUUAUAGAAUGCAAACAGUAACGCAAAAUGCAAUUUAUAUAGUAUUGAGGAAAUGUUAUCAAUAUAAAUAACGGUUGUAAAUUCGUAUACAUUUAACAGAAAAACUCUUAAAGGGCAUUGAAAAUUUAAUUUAAGAAAUGAAUUUUGACACAAGACUAUAAUAUACUGGAGCCAUGUCAUGGCUGUUUAAUGUUAAUGGUCACCAAACUAUUAGUAUGCUAAACACAACUGAUGCAUGAUUUCAAUGCCCUAUUGGGUUCAUCAUGCCAGACUUCUUCUCUUGGAUUAAAUUUUCGACGUUCGCGCUGAUAACUGGAACAAAGCUAUUGCAUUUUUUGCGGAGCACACUGUAUCGAUACAGACAUUGAUUAAUAUUUUCAGUAUUACAAAAAUAUUAACAUGCCACAUGGCUUACAAAUUAAACAACUUUUACAUACGCAUGCAAAGUAUAUUUUACAACGAUUAUUUGUAAGGUUUAGCAGGGUAUCAGUAUUUUAAAACUGCGCAACCAAUGGCUAUGGUUACAUAGCUAGCCACAUUGCUGCAUGCAUAUCAGAUUACAUUCUCAAGUAUGUAACUAUAGAAAUUGUCUUUUACGUAUAAAUUGCAUUCAUAAAAAAAGUAUAUUAAGGCCAAGUAUGUAACUAGAAAUUGUCUUUUAAAUAUAACUUGCAUUCAUAAAAAAAUGUAUAUUAAGGCCUCAAUGAGGAUUUUGAUGCAGUCUUAAGACUCAACCAAAUAUAUUAAAACUGUAGUGUGCAAUCAGACUGCCAAUGACAAUGUAAUUAGCAAAGGCAAAACUAUAUAAGGCAUAAUAUUAGUAAUGAUCUCUUUGACGCUACUUAAGAUUUUGUAAUAUGUGUAUAAACUUUACUUUAAGAAUUGGCUGUUUCUAUGUACAGCAAUAUUAAUAGGACUGCAUAGUAAAUUUCAUAUAUUUAUAGCGUACUUAUACAUACGAAACAAACGGCUACUCAAUAUUAUUAUAUUCGAAACAUUUGUAAAGCUGCUUGGAAUAGAACAGUAAAUUUAAAUAGAAUGUCAAAGGAAAAUGUAUUAUAUAUGCAAGCUUUUGUCGUUCGUAAUAUGGAAUAUAUUGAUUUGAAAGGAAGUUGUAUUCGUGUCGUGACUUUGAAAACUACAAAACGAUG